CAGGGAGAGGCGCUGGGCAGGACCAGCUGGCUGCCGGCGGCCGGGUCCUCGCCCUCUGAGGGUGGAUGGGUGGGGGCAGCGGCCAAGGCGUUCCUGGCCGGGAGCCCAGAGGAGUCUUUUGUAAUCACAACAUGAUCUCGUGUGCUGAGCAGCGAAGCCGACAGGGAGAGGCCGGCAGAGGCCUGGCUCCAGUGGCUCCAGUGUCCCUCCUGCUUCGGCUCCCCCGGGGCUGCUCUGGAAUUCUCUCCGUGCCUGCUGUUGCCAUGCACUCAGCUGGGCCUCACGGAGCCGAGUCCCUGAUGGACAGGCAGGAAGAGAAGGAUGCAGAGCUGGACCGGAGGAUAGUUGCUCUUCGCAAGAAGAACCAGGCCCUACUACGCAGGUACCAGGAGAUCCAGGAGGACCGGCGGCAGGCGGAGCAGGGGGGCAUGGCUGUGACCACGCCGGAGCUCCUGCGCCCUGACAGCCUCACCGUCACCAUCAGCCAGGUUCCCGGUGAGAAGCGGGUGGUCAGCCGGAACUGGGCAAGGAGCACCCUUGGGCCUGGAGCAGCCAAUGAGAUGCCGGAGGACGAGGAGGUGGGGGACCUCGCUGAUAUUUUCUGCUUGGGGGAGCGGGUGGAGCUGGCCGUGACCAUGGAAAACAAAGCCGAGGCCAAGCGGAUCGUGAGUGAGAAGCCCAGACCGAGGAACUGGGGGGCAGAAGGGUCACCUGGAGAGGGCGUGGGCCGGAGCGCCUUCAUGCACAGGACUGCCAGCUUGGAUUCCGCUCCGAGGGGUGCCCGGGAGCCCCGGAAUCCAGGCCUGGGACGCUCAGCUCCCCACCGGCCAGUGUGGGAGCCCCUAGAGGAGGGCUGGGACUAUGCGCGGUGGAAGCAGGAGCGGGAGGAGAUUGACCUGGCCCGCCUCGCCCGGCACAGGGAUGCACAGGGUGACUGGCGCCGCCCAUGGGACCUGGACAAGGCCAAGCCCACGCUCCAGGGCUCCAGCAAGCCUCGCGAUGAGGGCCCUGGCAGGGCAGGCGGCACCAGGGGUCCCAGGAGCCACCGGAAGCUACAGCCCCCACCACUGUCCCCUGAUGGCAAAGGUGGUACUACUCGGGGUGGGCCAUCCAGCAGGCCUUUGGUGGCACUGGCCCUACACAGCAAAGCCCGAGGGACGGAGAGGCUGACUGGCAGGGCCCGCAGGUGGGAGACAAAGGAAGACAAGGAGGAGGUGGAGAGGCAGGAGGGAAGUGAAAGCACCAGCCAGACUCUGAGUGAGAAGGAACAUGCACAGACACAGAGCAGGAUGGAGCAGGGCAGACCCCUGAGUGCUCCGGCAGCCAGCCCAGCUCCAGCAUCCCCGGAGGGGACAAAAGGGGAAUCAGAAGCUUCGACAGCCAGUCCCGUCCCUGGCUCUCCACAAAACACUGACUUGGUUCCCCUUGACCUCUCUCUAGGAGGCGCCGGCAGCCCCGGGCCUGGGAAGAAAAAAAAAGCGUGUGCCAGGCCUGGGGCCCAGGAGAGUCCCGUGUCCCCGUGGGAUGGUUCUGAACAGCCUGUGUGGCGGGAUGACCCCCAGGCUGAGCCAGAAGUCCAGGCUUGCUCUGAGCCACAAAGAGGAGCAGGGCCCCUAGAACCCAGAAAAGACAGGCCUGGCAAGGCUGGGGCCCAGCAGGGCCUGGCUCCGCGAAGCAGGCCCCCCAGAGGAACUGGCCAAAGAGCGAGGGGCACAGGAGGUGUGAGGAGUAGAAGAGGGGGCCCUGGCCCUGCAGGGAGAUGCUGAGCAAAGCUCCUGGGAGCCGGGCACCAGGCUGGGAAGAGAAGGGAAGAUCGCAGUCAAGAGCCUUCUUGGUGAUGGGCGUCUGGUUGCUGUGGCUUGUGGCCAUCUGGCUCAACAGUUUGGCAAACUCUCUGGCACAGUGACAUGUGGGGGCAAGGAGCUGUCCUUCCCUGCACCUCGUGUGCACAUCCCUGUGCAUGUGUGUUUCCCACCUGGUCUCUGAGGCUGGUAAGCCCUCUCUUGGGUCUACUGCUGCCUCGGCCACAAGCUGGCCCUGCCCCGCCCCACCCCUGAGGGAGAGAGCAAGGCUGAGAAGCACUUAGCACCUGGCUGGGUGGCCUCCCUCUCCAGCUGCCAGCGUCCAGCCCCUCAGUGCCGGCACCCAGCAGCUGGCAUGACCAGUCCAGGCCUGGGCCCUUCCCCUCGCCGCUGCCUCGCACCCAGAUGACUCACAGCCCCAGAUUCACACGGUGGCCAAUCCAGCGGCCAGAAGCCUUCUGCCCUCUGGAAAAGGAGGCUGAGGCCCAGAGAAAGGGAGGCCACAGCUGCAGAGGCUGAGCUGGGGCUAGAAGAGCAGGCUCAGGUCUCCCCUAGAAAGACUUCCUCUCUGGAAUGGGGUGAGAGUGGGAGGAGAGGGGACAGUCUCCUCUCCCCACAGUAAAGUGGGAGAGCUUACCAUCAGGGACCACCCCCCACACCAGAUCAGACACUGAGUGCACCCUGAAUGGGGUCAGGGAGCAGCCCUGCAGCCUGGGGUCAUUUCCUGCCAUCGCCUACUUCCUCCCCCCACCACCUCACUGCACCACAGUCCGGCAAAAGCAAGGACUCAGACAGGAUCUCAGAGAUGAGAAACAGCAGCUCUCCAUAAGUAUGACAGCAGGGCUUGUCUUUCCUACUUAAGUCUCCAUUUCUGCCCCUCCUCCGAGGCCCACGUCUGGUGAAUUAUCCAGACUCCGCACAAGCUGUGGCUUCCUCUCAAUUCAACAAACAUUUCCUGAGCGCACACUACCAGCAAUGCAAGCCUGUGGGCGACAGUGACUUUGCCAGCAAGGGGGAGGGAGGAAACCUAGUCAUCGGCAGAUCCCGGCUGCACAGCAGGAGCCGUUCUUCAAUGUAGGUGCCCGACAGGGGACAGAGACUGGGAUGGUGGUAGGAACCCUCCCUUUCUCAUCAUGUGAACCCUUUGCCCCCCAAGCCCUUGCCUGGAUCUUCCCAUGGGACCCCCCCCCCGCCGCUCCCCUCCUCUCUGCUCCUGCCAUGGCUUGUCCUCUCUGGCCUCCCCAGCUUCCCUAGGUUCUCUGGGGAGUAUCCAGAUUGUCCCCAGGAUUUCCAUUGUCAAAGGGAGGCCUUGACCAUGCGGUCGCAGCCUGGGCUUCCUCACUGGUUCUCACUCCACCCUCCCCAACUAUUCAGGAAGCGUGAGGAGGGGCUCCGACGGUUUCCAUCAGUGCUUCUCACACAUGAAGGCCCAGAGUAAUGCAGAUUCUAAUUCAGCAGGUGGGGGUAGGCCUGGGAACUUCAAUUUCUGAUGCAUCUCCAGCUGGUGCCUAUGCAGCUGACUCCUGGACCACACUAGAGCAGUAAGGGUUUGAACCAGCAUAUAUGGGGGCUGGGGGCAAAGACAGGCUGGACUCUCCCUGCCUGCUGCUGGCUGUGUGAGGAACGAGGAAGCGCUGCCCCUGUGUGGGGAGCUUCCUGGCUUCAGAGCUGGUGGGAAGCUGAGGCAGCUGGGAAGAUGCUGGAGAGGCCAGUGAGUGGGGCUGCCAGCUUCCUGUGGUGGAGAGUGAGGAAGCGGGUGGGACAGGGCUGGGAUGAAGGGGCUGGAAGAGGCUGGUGUGGGUUGACCAAAGGGGUUUGGAAAAGGCUUGGGAACAUUCCUAUGCGUAUGGGAGGAAGACCCCUGUGAAACGAAUAGGCAAGAACGAGAGAGUCCCAGCUCAAGCUUUCCUCUCGCCUUCCAGUCACACAGAUACGGCGUUGGAGCUUUGCUCUGGCCCUGGAGCCCAUGACUCCCAAAGGAUGGAGCCGGGGUAGGCACAGCCCUUGAAUGCAGGUGUCUCCAAAAAUAACUGUGAUCAAGACUUUGAAUUCUAAGGUUCACAAACUUCUCCCAAUGCCAAUGCUUCCAACUGUACAGAUGUGCCUUCAUUCGAGGGGAGGUGCCAGGGCACGUUGACUGUGGGAUGGGGGUUUAGUAUUUGGGCAGAGCUCUGGUUCAGUCCUCACAACAGGACAUAAGCAAGA